AUGACACUCCAUGCCACUAUUGUUGUCAACAUAUCAUGGUGCUCCAUGCCACUAUUGUCAUCAACAACCCGCCGAACAACUAGAAUGGAAAAGGAGGAAGACACAGGAGAGCCUGGAGAGGGAAGGAAGGAGACUUCAUAUGGACACUACUUGGCCACCUGGACGACUCAGUGUGCCUUGUUGUUACUUGAUACUCGAAAGGCAUAUGGAAGUCUAAAUAUUGACUGUGAGGAGAGUUUAGACCCAGCUGGUACUGGUUCAUUUUACAACAAUGGUGAGGCGGAUAUAGUUGCACAGCAUGUUCUCAAUCUUAUACAAUGUGGAGUCCCUCCAACUUCGAUCGUUGUUCAGUCCCCUUACAUCACACAAGUACAACUGUUACAAGGAAGACUAGAAGAAUAUCUAGUGGCUUCUGAUGUUGAGGUUUCAACAAUAGACAGCUUCCAGGGUCGGGAAGCAGAUGAAGUUGUCAUAUCCAUGGUUCGGUCAAACUCCUUGGGAGCAGUAGGGUUCCUUGGUGAUAGAAGGCGCAUGAAUGUAGCAAGGUCACAUGUUGCAGUGGUGUGCGAUACUUCUACUAUUUGUAACAAUGCUUUCAUGGCCAGGCUCCUUCGCCAUAUCCGGCGGCAUGGUCAGGUCAGACAUGUGGAGCCUGGUUCCUUGGAUGGGGGCUUUGAUCCACUAGCCUUACCCUCCUUAGGUUAG